AUGAGUUCUCCGACUCCGGGUACCCCGCUACUGUACCAAGUACCGGUUUCUUACCGUCGCGACGAUGUUGCUGCAGGAGUCGCUCAAAAUGGUACUGUUGAUCUCCUUGAUCGUCAACGAGAGCAGGAGGUGGCCGAUUAA